AUGCCGUUGAUCAUGGAGGGCGGCAUCAACGUGGACGACCUCUUCGGCGAACCCAACUCCCUCACGCUGGGUCUGCCACCAGCGCCCUUGACUAAGGGCCUUGCCCAAUGCCUCGAUGAGAUGCGCCUGCUGGGCUGCUGCCAGAAGAUUGCCUGGUCGCGGCUGGGGUGCAUUGCGUGCAUCUCCGCCGAUGGGCUACGAGUCAACGUACGCCAUCUGCAAUGUCGUUCGUCGGACGGGAAAUGGGUACUCGGGGACGAGUCACCGCUAGGCCCCGUCACCGAGGCGCAUGGCAGCAAUCCGCUGGUCCAUCUGUCCUGGAACGAGACCGGCUCGGAAUUGGCGGUGGUGGACUGCUCCGGACGGAUAUCGAUCUACUCCAUCUCAAUUGCACUCAAUAGCAUCACGGGGCUACGCCAGGCAUCCUUUGAUUCCGGCGAUGACGGCAAUCAGAUUGUCGGGAUGAUGUGGCUCAACAGCCAGCGAUCCGUCCAUGCGUUCCACCAGGCGGCCAAAGUCAAUGGCCGCUGGGCUUACUCGCCCUUUCGCCGACGGCCACUUGGCCCUUUUCAUCCAGCGAAUAAAGGCGGCUUGAUCUGUGUGACCAGAGCUGGUCAGAUCAAACUGAUCUAUCAAAACCCAGACAGCAAGUGGGCUGAAUUGCCGGCCGAGCUGAAGAACACGGGUUAUUCCGACAGGCUGUUAACUCAUGCGGCCAUGGCUGCUACACAAUCUGGUAUUCUUCUUGCAACAUAUUCUGCAUGCCAGAAGAUUUGCGUAUAUCGGGUGAACAUUGUCUGGACACCGGCACAGUGGGACCCGACUCAAGCAAAACAGCCAAAUCAGUUCCCCAUCCCAGCCUUUCGGUUUCUUCAUUGCAAAGUUGAAAUGCCUGGUAAUAUCUUCGACGUCACUCGCAGCUCGGACGAGCAUAUGGGCCAACCAUUACCACCUCCCAACUCGUUAUACUCGUUGACGAGACUGGACAUCAUGCCCGGACAGAUUGACAGCCCGGCAGGAUCCACAGCGAGCCCGUGGAUUUUUGCCGUAUUCACAAAACCCAUCCAUGCUACUCCCGAAUAUCCAGAUCAACAGGGCCCAGCGAGUGUGAUUGUUCGAUGGCACCUCGAAUCAGCACCUCAAACCCUGCAUUCGAAAUUUGAUGAAGUUAUGUCCAAGAAUAAUAAUGUGCAAGCAAAGACUAAAAUGGAGCUCCAUCGACUGGAGGAUAUCUUUACUGACAAAUACAUUGUUUCGGUCGAUGUCAUCGAGCACGGCACCGUUCUCGCCGUCACUCACGAGGACAGUUCAGUCACAUUCUAUGACACAAGAACGAUGGCCGUCUUCAACGGGCUGGAUGAUGCCAACACGGUGACCUGCUUGGCCCAGGCAGGCUUUCAGUAUCCGAUAGUGACACCAGGCCUUUAUACUUGCUUCUCUCCCAACGCCUGUAUAUGUGUUGUACUGGACAGCGAAGGGCAAAUUCAGUUGAGGGCCAUGGAGCACUCAUUUGGUUCGACAGGAGGUCUCUACGACGAGAGCAAAUUCUCCGCAGCCAUCGCCGCACUGACUCUGGCAUUCAGCCGUGGGUGUGGAAGUGACGUGAAUACCGAUGAUAUUCUCAUGGUAGCUCUACGACAGCUCUCGCCAGAAGCCCAGACAACGUUCAUUGGCGAAGUUUAUCGCGCACUGCCAGUCAACUGCAACUUCACCACCGAGCAGGAAAAGCUCAUGAGCCACCCAUACAUCCCCCGUUGUCUCAGCUUGCAAGCGGCUUUGGGCUUUGUGGGCAGACUUCACCGGCGCCCACUUUCCUCUGCCGUGCCGUGGGCGAUACUUCAGCUUCGUCAUGCCUCUGUCCUAUUUGCGUACUUCUUCCAGUACAACAAAGGCGGACAGAGCGAGGCCCAUGAUCCAGAUGUCCUUCGCAUGGUUCUCGGCAACACAAAGUGGUCCUUGGAUUUUCUCCACUACCUUCUGAACGAAAUCUUCGAUCUGGCCGAUGACUUUGAGGGAGUCCUCAAUGACCAAGAAGCAUUCACACAGAAGCUGAAAACCACCAACUCCCUCCCCCUCUUCAUUCUUCUCUCCAGCAUGUCCCGCGCCUUCCUCCGCUUCAUCUGCCGAGGCCUCCGCGGCGUCCACGCAGGCUUCACAAACGCCAACCCUGCUGCCCUCAUCGGCGACUCACGUAUCUACUACACCGAAAUCUGCCAGACCCUCGAGGCCUCGCCUGUAAGAAUAGACGUGUACGAGAAAUUCCUAGCGGGCAUCGACUCCGCCGUGAAACACGCCUAUCAAGGCGCAGGCUUCGGGGACGCCGAGCGGCCUGGCCCAGAAAAAGAAUUACUGGUCAACGCGCGCAUCCCACCCGUCCUCGUUGCAGCCGUGGCAACCCUUCUACGGCAGACGGUGCCAGCUCUCAAGGGAGAAAUUAACCGCAUGGCCAUCUUCCUGGGUGAUUACAGCUGGCUUGGAUUCGGGACCGAUCCGCGGACCAUGGAGUAUCGGAAACGACACGAUCUGGAUAUCCUGAAGAAAUUCCCAUUGCGCCCUCCUUUGCCGGUUGGUGCUGGUGGCCGUCAGUCCGUUAAGCGGAGGCGCUGUGUGCGCUGCUGUGAGGUCUCGGGGGAUACGACGCUGCCGCGCUCGUUGUUGUCGUUUAAGAUGAUUGCUAAGUUGGGACUUUUGCGUUCUUGUCUGUGUGGUGGGAUGUGGACGCUGGAGACGGAGUCUGCCAGCGAUGCUGCCUCUGCGCAGUCGGGGAAGUAG